UAAAAAUCAAUGACAAUUGAACUUCUAUAUCAGAAAUUUGAAGUGACCUUGAAGCACCACGCUGGCUUACACUUUUCAAAGAGAUCUCCGCCUUCAUUCUUCAUUCUCUCUGUCUGUCUCUCUCUCUACACUCUGCAAGGAAUAAGACUAAAACACCAUGCUGCUGCUAAACCUGCAACAAAAUCCCUUGUCCUUUAUCUUCUUGUUGAGCUUCACAAUCUGGACAUGGUGGACUCUUGACGGCGUCGUUUCAGAGCCGCAGCUCAGUUAUGUGAAAUCAGGCUGCAGCAGCUAUAAUGUCAGUGACGUGGCCAUCUUCAACAAGAACCUAAACGCGUCGAUGCGAAGCCUGAGAGCGCAGGUCAGCAACCAGAGCAAACACUCCGCGGUGGCGCAGGCAGUGAAGGGUAACAAUCCGGCGUACGGCGUUUUUCAGUGCAGAAACUACCUUUCCAUCAAAGACUGCCUCGGUUGCUUCGACUUCGCCGCCGUUCAUAUAUACGACAACUGCUCCGUCUCCGCCACUGGUGCCCGGGUCAUAUACGAAGGUUGCUUCCUCAGACGAAUGGGCCCCGAUUGCAGGGAGUUCUCUCCACUGCUCUCAAUCUCUCUUCCCAGUCACCGUCGCAUGUCUCCACUUUACCGUCACACUCGUCACAGUCGCUUGCCCAACGCCGUUUCUUCGACCGCCGCUCAUCCUCCUGCCUUUUCGGCUAUCUCAUUCUUGCUCUGAAAGAGGAUGACAGAGUGAUAACCCAGAGCAUGCACAACGACGGCGAUGAAUUUUGCUUCUUCGUUGAUGAAUUUUGUUCGUGUUUAUGCUCUGAAAUUUCCGCACUUGCUUUUGCUCUGAAACUCUGCAGAAAUUUUCUGAAAUUUACCUCAAAUCAUGCUGAGCAAUGACGACGAAGUCUUGCUGUAUUUUUAUUGUUCCAUGCGAUCUUUGGUUCUGCAUUUCUUGGUGUUCGGGUUUGUGACAGAGAAAUUUGCUACCAAGAAGUGCAUGACGAAGAAGCUUGAGAGUUCGGACUUUUUUGGCCGUUGCUCACCCAUGGCCAUGGGAGAAGACCUUAAGCUCCGAUGAUUCUGGGUUGAUGAAUCAUGGAGUUAACAACUUCCUUGUUGCCGUGCUUUGUCGUCAUUAUGCUUAAAAUCCUUGGUUGCUCUGCUUUUCUUUAUAGGCUAAACACAAUCUUUUCAACUGUCCUCAGUGACACCUCUGUCGAUUUUCUUCGAACCCCUCCAAGCGGGUAUAUUAAUUCUAAACACAUAAAACCCUUCAACUGAUUGAAAAGUGUUCCAUAGUAGAGACAACUGCACAGUUUGCAACACCAUAAAAUGAUAAAACAAUCACAUAACUAACAUCUCAGGUAACCGAUGUCCCUUAAUGUGGUCAUAAAAGUGACACGUUUUAGAAUCAUAAAGAUGGCACAUUUUUGUGUGUUUUUCAAGGUAUGAGAGCAGUAUUUUCUUCGACCAGUCCACAGAUGGUGGGAACCACAUUGUGUGUGGGAAUCCUGUGGCUAAAAACUCCACAGAACUUGCUUCAACUGUGCAACAAGGGCUAAAGAAUCUGGUAGAAGCAACACCAAGAAUACCUGGUUUCUUUGCAGCCACUAUAACGCCAGUACCCGACAGUAAUGGUUCAAAUAUUUAUGCCUUUGCUCAAUGUGUCGAGACUGUCACUCAAAGUGGCUGCCAGGAUU